AUGCCGUUUAGUGACGAGAAACGCUAUAGGUGGACCAAUGAGCAGAGUUCGUUAAUAGCUAAACUAUUCUGGCAAAAGUGUGCUACUAGAACAAAAGACAAGCUUUCAAAAGAUCGCGCAAAUGCCAUAAGACUUGCUGGGGAUGCUCAUCCAGGUCAAGGAGUUGAAUAUAUGCAUGAGUAUAAUCCUUGGUGGUGCUCAGCUGAUGUAUGGUCUCAGAUGUGUGACCAAUGGAGAGAUCCAAUAUGGUUGAAGAGACGAAAGACUGCUGCCGAAAAUAGAGCUGCAGGUGUACGUGAUGGCGAGAAGGCCAAAGGUACCUACAAGGGUGGCAGUAUCUCCCAGUUGGCACAUUUGGUUGCGCGGGAGUCUGCGUCUAAGGGUGAGCCUAUCCACUGGUUGGAUGUAUAUGUUGCCACUCGAGAUGGCCUUCCUGAUGCCGUUAAAACAGCGGAUAAUUAUCGUCUCUUAAUGGAUGAGCGUUAUCCCGUGGGCACUCCACGUCCACAUAUUGACCAGGAGUUGUGGGAGAGAGCAUCUAUUGUGAAGAAGAAUUAUGUUAAGGGUCAAGGCCGAAGAACUCGCCCAUCCAUUUAUGGCUCGGGGAGCACACAGUCUUCACAGUUUUCGACUCAUCCAGCUAGUCAUCAUACUCCCGCUGACUGUGUCAGAGCUAUAUGCAGGGAUCGAGAGCUUCUUCUCACACUAGGAGGGCAUCUGGGGGCAAUGGAUCCUGAGGAGUUAGCCCGUGCAGUGUCCGCAGCAGCAGCAGCACAGGAGCAGGAGCAGCAGCAGCAUGGUGAUGAGGGAUCACAGCAUGAUGAGCAUGAUGCUCGAGAUGAUGAGGCCGGUGGAUCUUAGGGUGGUAUCAUCAUAUUUAUGUUUUUAUCUUUUGGAUUUGGUGAUGCUCGAUCAUAUGAUUGUCUAGUCGAUAUAACUUUUUACACUAUUAUGUGGAUUUUAUAUGUCGGAUAUUAGUGCAGUGUCAUCGUAUUUAUGUUUUUAUGCGCCACUUUUGGAUUUGGUGAUACUAGAUCAUAUGAUUUUCUAGCGGAUAUAACUUUUAAUAUUAUUAUGUGGAUUUUACAUUUAUCAUUUUC